AAUUUGAGGUUUCAGAACCCGAAGUGAAGAGGUCAGGCAGCAGGGUACGGCGGAAACUCACAGCUUUCGCCCAGCAAGAGGACAAAGGUCUGGGACACACUCCAGCUGCGUCCGGAUCUUGGCUGAAUCCGACUCUCAGGGUGGAGGAGACACAAGCACAGCAGCUGCCCAGCGUGUGCCCAGCCCUCCCACCGCUGGUCCCGGCUGCCAGGAGGCUGGCCGCUGGCGGGAAGGGGCCGGGAAACCUCAGAGCCCUCGGAGACAGCAGCCGCCUUGUUCCUCAACCCGGUGGCUUUUUUUUCCCCUGCUCUCCCAGGGGCCAGACACCACCGCCCCACCCCUCACGCCCCACCUUCCUGGGGGAUCCUUUCCGCCCCAGCCCUGAAAGCGUUAACCCUGGAGCUUUACGCACACCCCCCCGACCGCUCCCGCCCAAGCUUCCUAAAAAAGAAAGGUGCAAAGUUUGGUACAGGAUAGAAAAAUGACUGAUCAAAGGCAGGCGAUACUUCCUGUUGCCGGGACGCUAUAUAUAACGUGAUGAGCGCACGGGCUGCGGAGACGCACCGGAGCGCUCGCCCAGCCGCCGCCUCCAAGCGCCUGAGGUUUCCGGGGACCACAAUGAACAAGUUGCUGUGCUGCGCGCUAGUGUUUCUGGACAUCUCCAUUAAGUGGACCACCCAGGAAACGUUUCCUCCAAAGUACCUUCAUUAUGACGAAGAAACCUCUCAUCAGCUGUUGUGUGACAAAUGUCCUCCUGGUACCUACCUAAAACAACACUGUACAGCGAAGUGGAAGACCGUGUGUGCCCCUUGCCCUGACCACUACUACACAGACAACUGGCACACCAGUGACGAGUGUCUGUACUGCAGCCCCGUGUGCAAGGAGCUGCAGUACGUCAAGCAGGAGUGCAAUCGCACCCACAACCGCGUGUGCGAAUGCAAGGAAGGGCGCUACCUUGAGAUAGAGUUCUGCUUGAAACAUAGGAGCUGCCCUCCUGGAUUUGGAGUGGUGCAAGCUGGAACGCCAGAGCGAAAUACAGUUUGCAAAAGAUGUCCAGAUGGAUUCUUCUCAAAUGAGACGUCAUCUAAAGCACCCUGUAGAAAACACGCAAAUUGCAGUGUCUUUGGUCUCCUGCUAACUCAGAAAGGAAAUGCAACACACGACAAUAUAUGUUCCGGAAACAGUGAAUCAACUCAAAAAUGUGGAAUAGAUGUUACCCUGUGUGAGGAGGCAUUCUUCAGGUUUGCUGUUCCUACAAAGUUUACGCCUAACUGGCUUAGUGUCUUGGUAGACAAUUUGCCUGGCACCAAAGUAAACGCAGAGAGUGUAGAGAGGAUAAAACGGCAACACAGCUCACAAGAACAGACUUUCCAGCUGCUGAAGUUAUGGAAACAUCAAAACAAAGACCAAGAUAUAGUCAAGAAGAUCAUCCAAGAUAUUGACCUCUGUGAAAACAGCGUGCAGCGGCACAUUGGACAUGCUAACCUCACCUUCGAGCAGCUUCGUAGCUUGAUGGAAAGCUUACCGGGAAAGAAAGUGGGAGCAGAAGACAUUGAAAAGACAACAAAGGCAUGCAAACCAAGUGACCAGAUCCUGAAGCUGCUCAGUUUGUGGAGAAUAAAAAAUGGCGACCAAGACACCUUGAAGGGCCUAAUGCACGCACUAAAGCACUCGAAGACGUAUCACUUUCCCAAAACUGUCACUCAGAGUCUAAAGAAGACCAUCAGGUUCCUUCACAGCUUCACAAUGUACAAAUUGUAUCAGAAGUUAUUUUUAGAAAUGAUAGGUAACCAGGUCCAAUCAGUAAAAAUAAGCUGCUUAUAACUGGAAAUCACCAUUGAGCUGUUUCCUCACAAUUGGCGAGAUCCCAUGGAUGAGUAAACUGUUUCUCAGGCACUUGAGGCGUUCAGUGAUAUCUUUCUUAUUACCAAUGACUAAUUUUGCCACAGGGUACUAAAAGAAACUAUGAUGUGGAGCAAGAACUAACAUCUCCUUCAAUAAACCCCAAAUGGUUAAUCCAACUGUCAGAUCUGGUCCGUUAUCUACUGACUAUAUUUUCCCUUAUUACUGCUUGCAGUAAUUCAAUUGGAAAUUAAAAAAAAAACAACUAGACUCCAUUGUGCCUUACUAAAUAUGGGAAUGUCUAACUUAAAUAGCUUUGAGAUUUCAGCUAUGCUAGAGGCUUUUAUUAGAAAGCCAUAUUUUUUUCUGUAAAAGUUACUAAUAUAUCUGUAACACUAUUACAGUAUUGCUAUUUAUAUUCAUUCAGAUAUAAGAUUUGUACAUAUUAUCAUCCUAUAAAGAAAUGGUAUGACUUAAUUUUAGAAAGAAAAUUAUAUUCUGUUUAUUAUGACAAAUGAAAGAGAAAAUAUAUAUUUUUAAUGGAAAGUUUGUAGCAUUUUUCUAAUAGGUACUGCCAUUUUUUUCUGUGUGGAGUAUUUUUAUAAUUUUAUCUGUGUAAGCGGUAAUAUCAUUUUAUAGAAAAUGCAUUAUUUAGUCAAUUGUUUAAUGUUGAAAACGUAUGAAGUAUAAAUUAUCUGAAUAUUAGAUGCUCUGAGAAAUUGAAUGUACCUUAUUUAAAAGAUUUUAUGGUUUUAUAACUAUAUAAAUGACAUUAUUAAAGUUUUCAAAUUA